AUGUUUAUGGUAGAUUGGUUCUGGGGAGCCUUAAAUUUUCUUGGCCUAGCAUCGAAGAACGCUAAGAUCGUUUUUUUGGGACUCGACAACGCCGGAAAGACGACUCUCCUUCACAUGCUGAAGGAUGACCGAAUUUCUCAACACAAUCCAACACUUCAUCCAACUAGCGGGUUUGCCUUCAGUAAAUAUUAG